CAUACGACGGAGAGCAUGCUACAAAUUGUUAUUCUCCUAUCCAUGGUGAUUUGGUCCUUUGCCAAACACUCCUAAUUGGCACCGACUCGGAAAUGACGUCACAAAAUCAUUUUCUCCAUAACUGUUCUGCACAACCGACUGCUAAAUCGAACUCUACAGGACAUUGGCCUAGGAUCCAUACGACGGAGAGCAUGCUACACAUUGUUAUUCUCCUAUCAAUGGUGAUUUUGUCCUUUGCUGGAUGUGGUCCUUGUCAAUACGACCUGGUGACCGGACCCUACGGCGUGUCGGACGAUGCAAUUACAGCGUCAACUACUCACCGUGAUUGUCCUAUAGUGAAAGCCAGAUUCAGCAGUUCCAGAAGCUGGUGUCCACUUUAUUCUGGGGUCGGACACUUUUUACAGGUGGAGUUUCGAUCAGUCUCAAUGCUGAAGGCAAUACAGACUAAGGGAAGGGAAGACUAUAGUCAGUGGGUGUCUUUGUACAGUGUCAACAUCAGUAUGGACGGAAUCACCUGGACAUCCUUAUCGAACUCUACAGGCGAUGUACAGGUGUUUCCCGGAAACUCCGACAGAAAUACAGUCGUGACCAAUGAACUAGAAGGAACUGUGAUCGCCAAGUACAUCCGGGUUAUAUCCGUCUCUAUGCAUUCCCACGGAUCAAUGAGACUGGAGGUUCAGGGCUGUCCGUACUCAGAAAUAAGCAGUACAUGUCAUCGCUGGGGAGCCAAGCUUGGAUCCACUGGUGACGUACUUUCUAUUCUCCUGGACACGGACGCAUCGAACCAAGGACUGUGUGGCUUAAAGUGUUACAGACAACCGGAAUGCGACAGUUUCCUGUUGGACGUCAAGUCUGAUCAAUGUAGAUUACUUAAGGGGUCAGUGAAUGGGUCACAAAUCACUGUUGACCUGGACGGGGUUUGGUAUUUUGUGAAAAUAUGAUUGUCAAUACUUACUAUUUGACGUCAUAUCUGCCUGUACAAUAGUUGGCUACUUUAGGCAACUCUAAACGUACAUGCCAUCCUGGUGAAUUUGCUGUUAUCUAUUAUAGAUAAUGAUUAGGCUUUUUGUCAUGGUUACGAGGUUCGUUUGCGCAUUUGUGUAUAGCCUUACAUCUCACAAUGGUUGUCAACCUUGUGAAUUGUUUUUCCUUUUGUCAGUUGCGGGUUUAAGAUGAUAUCCCAGUUAACUUGGAUAUUAGUGCGUUGCUAUUUUUCGAAUGUGCGUAAUUUAUUUCGAUUUGACUAUUUUAUUGUCAUGGAAACCCUGUAUUCAAAGCAUUCGAGUUUGUUUCUUGUAUUUGUACGUUGCAUUAGUCUUUGAAACGUUAGAUGAAGAAAAGAAAUACUUACCGUGUAAUAUCACAUAUGAUAUCCCAGUAAGUUGUUAUAUUGACUUUGCCUUACUGUAACACAAUUCAUGUCAUUUUUCAUUAUUGUAUCACAGCUACGUACUGUAUGGAAUCGUGUUUAUUUCACAUAGCUGGCCAUGGAUGAUAGAAUUUCCUCUGAAUGGGAAGCUGUGUCAAAAAUAAAUUAUGUUACAUGGACAUGAUGUGACAAUGCGAAUAAUUUAAAUACACGGGGAGUUUGACGACUUUUUUAAUGAUCAUUUUAUUUAAAAUAGAAAUAAUUAUUAUACAGUUAUUUUUGAAGUUGAUACUGAACCUUUUUUAAUUUUUACCAAUGGUAUAAAGUAUUUAUUAUCGGUAAAGUAUUGAAGAACGCAAUAUUCUGCCACAAUAUGACGUCUAAACACACACCGAUAAAAUAAAUUCGUAAGGUAUAUAAUUAUGAAAACAACUCCGUUGUAUUCGUUUACAACUAAUAUAUGUUUUCCGUUUUGUUGUUGUUGAAAGUAAGAACUCUCGUUAACACCUAACCACAUUGGGAGAGACGGCUCACAUGCGCUAUUGUUCUGACAACGGCCCAGUCCCAUCAUCAUUUUUUGUAGCGUUGCCAGUUAUAGAUGUUGAAAAUCACUGAUGAAAUUAUUUUUGCUAAUGUUCAUUUUUUAAAUAAAAGAG